AUGAAUCCCAACGUUAACAUGCCCAACAUGAACCCCAUGGGCGGUCCUGUCGGCAGUGCUCCCGUACCCAUGAUGAACAACGGAGCCAUCAAUCCUGCCGGUGGUGCGCCCGCUGGGCCCCCGAGGCAACAGCAGGUCAAUGACAACCAGCGCGGUGUGCUCAACACAUACAUAUACGAAUAUUUUCUCCGCUAUGGCAUGCACGAGUGCGCUCGAUCCCUUCUCUCUAGUGACCAGCCUGUCAACGUCCACAAGGAUGGCUCCAAGGUCAAUGGUGCCGGAGACGACUCCAUGGACACGGAUAGCAAGGAUGACCUAGAAUCCAAGCUCCCCGAUGACCUGCCUCCUCCCAAACUGCCGAUGCCCGCCUCGGACACGUCGUUCCUCUACGAGUGGUUCUGUCUGUUCUGGGAUAUCUAUAACGCUCAGCGCCAAAAGAGCGGCAACCCUCACGUUAAUCAAUACGUCUCGCACACGCAGCAACAGUCGCGCCUAAAGCAGAAUCAACAGCAGGAACUCCUUCGCCAGAUGCGACCCGACAUGGCGCAGCAGCAAUACCACCAGAUGAUGCGCAUGCAGAACGGCACCAUGGGCAUGGGUAUCAAGCAGGGCAACCUUGCUCGCGCCGCCAUGGCCAACAAUCAAAACAACCCUCAGGCACAGAUGCAGAUGCUGCAACAGCAACAGCAGCAAGCCAAGCAGAACCAGAUGCAGCGCGAUCCUUCCUCGAUGGACGGAAAUCGUGAUCGCCCCUCGUCCCCUGCCUCUGGAGAGAACGCUCCGUCCCCCUCGAAACGCCAGCGUCUCGACAACGCGCCAUUUAACCCGAACCAGCCCGGACAAAUGAUACCGAAUGGACGCCCCGGCCCCGGAAUGCCACCGCAGAUGCCCGGCGCCGCCGCUGCCACCGCAACCCAGCAGAUACUCGCCAGCGGUCUUACCCCUGGGCAGCUACAACACUUCCAAAACUUUGUAAAUACCCCUCCGGCUGCUGAUGAAAAGUCCAUUGCAACUUACUCUCAGCGUCUGCAGCAGCACCAUGGCAAUCAGAUGGGCAACAAGCAGAUGCCAAAUGCUGGUGGUCCCCCCGGCCAAGGCUCGCCCCUGAUGCAGGGUCCAGAUGGCACAACCCUGAACAACUACUACAACCCUCCGGGUGGUGAGAUGGGUGGCCCAAAUGGACUUCGCUCUGGACCGGGUGGCCCGCAGCAGGCUGGCGGGAGCAACCACGCCCUGCAAGAUUAUCAGAUGCAACUCAUGCUGCUUGAACAACAGAACAAGAAGAGGCUAAUGAUGGCUCGCCAGGAACAGGACAACAUCGGCGGGAUGCCCCGAGAAGGUCAGCCUCCUGGCCCUGGCGGUCCCGGAGUUCCUACGGGCCCCAACGGCCAGCCGUUCCCCGAGGCUUCUCCUCAGGCUAUGCGAGGCGGGGCCUCUCCCAACCCCGCUGAGCAGAUCAAACGAACGCCUCAGAUGAACAACUCUGGCGUCCCGUCACCUGUUCCUGAAGGCGGCCAACAGUCUCGCGACUCGCCUAACCCUGGAAUGAACUUUUUGGCCAAUGCUGACCCCAGCAUGGCCCCCCACUUUUUCAAGGGCCCUGAUGGCAGCAUGAACCCAGCUCAGAUGAAUGGCAUGCGCCCGCCCAACUCCCACCCGGGACAGCCUUUCAACGGCCAGAUGACGCCGCAGAUGAUCGCCGCGCGCCAACAGCAGCAGCAGCAGCAGCAGCAGCAGCAGCAGCAGCAGCAGGCCGCCGCCGCCGCUGGACAAGGCAACCCCCAGCAGUGGCAGCAGGGUCCCAAUGGCCAGUUGAUACCCCAGAGCAUGCAGCAAAACCAGCAGCCACAGGUUCAGGGAACACCCCAGCAGCGCGCCAUGCCUCCGCCCUCGGCUCCUGCCGCCGCCCCCGGGAACAAUGCCAACAACCGCACUACGGCAUCACCACAGCAGGCCAAUGCGGCGCCGCCUACGCCUAACCAGUCGAACAAGGCUGCCCCCAAGAAGAAGGAGACCAAGGCCGCCAAGGAAAAGCGCGUUGCGAACCAGAAGAAAGCAGCGCAAGGCAACAACAAUGCGACGCCUGCCGCCGACAAUGCCGAAUCAGAGGGCGCGCCUGCGACUCCUAUGACGCCUGCUAACCCUGGCGGCUUCAACAAGGGUGGCCCCAAUGCCGCCAACAACCAGGCACCUCCUACGACGACGACCGCUGCGCCCGCCGGUGCUGCUGCUCAGGCGCCUCAGGCAGCCCCCGUUGGUCCUCCUCCAGGCCAGCCCGAUCCCAACCAAAACUCGAUGGGGAUGGAUAACUUCGGAAUGUCGUUUAUGGACAUGGAGAACCCCCUUCAGACUGGCGAUGUUCUCAACGACUUCGACUUUGACUCCUUCCUACAUGAUGGCGACGGUGACGCGCAACCGUUUGACUUUAAUGGAGCCUUUGCCAAUAUUGAAGGUGGUGAGAUUGGUGCUGAUUAG